AUGUAUCCCAUCAUGGAAUUAUCAAGGGAACCUGUCGAGCCCGGCCCGAAUUAUUCAGCACUAUCAGGGCUGUCGAGCAGUAAGAGGAACCCUCCAGAAGGCGUUCCCCAAACUUCACGGAAGAUGUUGAGAUCGAACGACGACAUCUGGCAGCAAGACUCAGUCGGAAGUACGCCUGGUCGAUCGGUCACCCCCGAAAUACUUUGUCAAGGGCAAGAUCAUCUGCAAGCCGAAGAGAUUCCGACCAGACGUAGUCCAAGCUACCCCAGCUAUCGUACGGCUCAAGAUCAUCAAUCAAACCCUCCUUUACCCUUGGCCGGGAUUGCUACAGGACCUACUCCAGAAGUGUCACCCCGUCAGGCUUCCCAUCAGCCUACAGCAACACAGGAUCCCGAUUUCGUCUCCCCAUCUCAACAUAUGCCAACAUAUUCCAGUGUUCUCCAAGCGCCCAAUACUUGUGCCCAACACCCUCUUUCAUGCCAAUGGAAUCAAGCUUAUCCAGGUUUCGGUCAACCCCUCCGGGACUGUUUUCCGCCCUAUGUACAGCACUUGUACUACCCUACCGAUCGUAUACAACCAAUGCCACCAACACCCACGUCAUUGAAAUGUAUGACCCGCUACAUAGCCCUGAUUGACGACGUUAAGGUCCGCGAUGUCCUUGCUAUCGCCGUUGUACGUCACCGAGAUAUCCAUGAUAUGGUUCAGACAGAGUACGAGAGAACAGCACAAGAGAUGCAGGAUCAACUGAAUGAGGACGCCAGUGUCUUGUCCUUCUCGAAGGAGCACACAAAGGUGCAGAACAUACUCUAUGGAGAGUACGAUGAACUUGUACACUGGAAGAAGCAAGAGACAGUUCAUCGGGCUUUUGGGUCGAUCAAUGAGAUAAUCAUGGCCAUACCUUGCCACGUGCGGCCUAGGAGUAACUGGAAGACAAAGUUUAAUGCCUUCCUUACACUCAUCUGGAUUGGCCGAGGUAUAGUCGACGGCAUUGGCUCGCUCCCAAACGAGAUCAGGAAUCAGAUGGCCAUUGACUCUAAGCUUGUCGACGCUAUGGAGAGAGUUUAUGCAACAAUGAGCGAGGAGGAGAUACUGGGCGAUGCGUUGCGUCUUAUAGAAGCUUUGGCGGAUCUGGAGAAAGAUCGAGGGCGUUGUUUUGCGGGGCUAGACAAGCUUGUGGACAUGUUCAAGGAGGUUAUGAGGCAAGGAAGGACCGGAGAAGAACGCAUAUGA